AUGAAGGGAUUCGCUUCCGGCGACGGAACGAAAAUACAAUUGGGUACAUAAAAGGGGACCGCUGUUGAACUCUAAAGUACUCUUUUUUAUUCAUGAAUGAAUUCAGAAACAAAAUACAAUUGAAAUCAUCUGUGGUAGCUCUUGUCUGGGUCGUCGUGACAUGCACUGAGUGCACCAUUUUAACUUCCGUGACUUGACAUGCUGGACAUCUUGAAUUGCAACAUGAUUUUGUUGAUGUUGAAGUUGAUGCACCAGAGAUUAUAUUAUAAUUAUGCUUUAUAUUUAAAUUUCAAUUACAUAACCGGUGCCUUCAUGUCUCGCAUGGUCCUAGUCCAACAUAACGAAUAUUGUAUAGCAAUGAAUUACAUGAUUGGGUUGUGGUUGAGUACAUCUAGUAACAAGUAAUUGCAAGGAAGAUGACUAGCACUAAUCUCGUCCCCUCAUCCACCUCUGAAUUGAUGACCCUCUCCCUGAAACUGUACUUUCUUGCUCUUCCAGAUUAGGUUAACUACCACUGCUAAUCAUGCUACAACGAGGGGUAUCAACAUUCUGUUCAAUUAUGAUACCAUAGAUACUUAUGCGGAAGCUUCCACUUGUUCUCAUGCAUGCACUUCUCCCAGGUCCACCAGCAGGAGAGAAACGCUGGCAGAAGCAGAGUUAUCGUCGUGCAGAUGUACGGCUGCAACAUGCAGAAUGAUCGAGUACCUACGCCUCUGAGGAUGACCAAGAAAGUCUCAACAUAUUUAUAACUUCUAUUGGCCCUCCUGGUCGAAGAAGCAGCUCUCGUUCCGGAUAGAAGCAGUAGGUUGAGCACAUUUACCAGAACUAAGCUUAGUUACGUUUAGCACUAUUACCAGAAAUGGCUUGAGCACCAUUACCAGAAAUAGGUUGAGCACCCAGUGGUCGCACUCCAACAUCCUACUUUUGCCUUGCUUCCAUCCCUUCGACAUCUUUUUUCGUAGAAGAAUGAACGUGCAGGCUGUAACCACAAGUCAGAUUCACUUUCACUGUGUCGAACAAAAUCGUUCCCUAUCCUUGGUGUCGCAGUAGUGUGAUUGGAAGUUCCCCCCGCCAAAUAUUUAUAACGAGAUAUUGAACAAAUUCUUAUUGAACGUUUCUCGUUUUUUGAGGGACAACAGAUGUUGACAGAUUGAAACCGAGUAGAAGGAGGAUACAUCAUAAUGUAAGUACUCCACCAGCACCUGUCACUGACAGAUUGUUCGUUCCAC